AUUUUAGUUGCAAUUCAAUAUGACUUUGUAUAAGUGCAAACUAUUCUUUUUGAGUUUAUAUCGAGUUUUUGAGGAUUUAAUGGGAUAUGAUUUAAAAAAAUCGAAAAAUUUCUUGCACAACAUCCUCAUUAUUUCAACAAUAACUUUAGCAGUCACAUUUUAUGUAAUAUUAGCAUCUUUCUUUUUCAUUUUUCGUUUCAUCACUUUAAUAUGUUUAAAACUUAAAUACAGAAGUGCUUUUAUUGCACCAUUAUCGUCGUUAGACGUGAUAAAUGAACGAAGAAAUAGCAAAGUAAUAAUCCAAAUCGUUCUCAUGGAGCGAGUUAAGAAUUCUUUCCAAGAUGUUGUAAAAUGUGUUAACGAAAAAAUGAGGCGAGCCGAACAGAGUUGUCAAAAAUUAACUUGUACUGUUAAAAAUUGUUUUGGUUAUUAUUAUUAUUUACAAACAAACACCCAGGGGGACGUUCAAAUUGUAAAUUUUAAUCUUAAUGGAGGGUAUCUUACAAAGAAUGACAUUAAAAUGUAUUUGAAUGAAAAUUUUGUUGAUGUUAAUAAUACGUUAAAUGAUAAAAUGUGGAAAGUAACUAUUUUAAAUCAAUUCGUUAAUUGGAAUUUUAAGGAAGAUCUUCAAUAUGCGAUUAUUAUUAGCGUUCGGCAUUGUGUUGGCGAUGGAGCUGCGAUUAUAGGAAUGUUAAAGAAUAAAAUUUUUACAAAAACCGAUUUUAUAUUUAUCAAAAGCAAUUUGGAUUCAAAUAACAUUCAAAAAAGAACACUUUUAUCUGAAGAACUUUACAAAAAUCCACUGAAAGAAAACGGAAAAGAUUGUUUUAAAGAUCUCCCUUACAACCCUAAAGAAUAUUUAUCGUUUUUUACUGAAGAACAACCAAAAUAUGUUACCAUGAUAAAGAAAAUUAAAAAUAAAUUAAAUAUUCAAUUUAGUGACGUUCUAAUCGCUGGAGUUGUAACAGCCAUUGUGAAAUAUUGCAAUAAGAAUAAAAUUCUAUUAUCUUCUUUAAAUGGAGCCACAACUGUUACCCAUUUGACAGAGUCGCAUAAAAGUUUAUUUUCUGGGGAAUUUAAUUUUAAUAAAAUUUCAAAUCAUUCCGAAUUAUUACGUUUGGAUCUCCCGAUUGAUUCCAAAAAUGUUAUUGAGAUGGUUUUAAAAAUUAAUGAAAUCAAGAAAAAAGCAAUGAGAGGAAUAGAAAUUCCCCUACACAAAAUUCUUUUUAAGAUAAUGCCAGUUUUUCCAGCAAUAGUAAUACAGCAUUUAACGGAUUCUUUUACAAAAAACAUCGCUUUUAAUAUAACUAAUAUUUCUGGAAUAAAAGAUGGGAUUGUGGAUGAUAAAGUGUUUAACAAUAUCUUAUUCUUUGCAUCGCAAUUUUAUAAUUUUGGAUUUUGUUUCUAUAUUUUUACGCUUGGUGAUAACUUUCAAGUUGCCGUUAAAAGCAGAAAGGGUGUUGUAAAGAAUGUUGAAGAUCUUGAUUUUAUUCUUGAUGAUAUUAAGGAAUAUAUCGACGAUCUAUAUAAUGAGCUUGAAUUCAAUGAUAAAAAUAAUGUGUCAAACAUAAUAUAGAAAUAAGUAGCAGGCGAACUUGUAUUAGAGUUUUUAGUCUAAUCACAUUUUAAAUAUAUAUU